AGCCCGCCCCUCCUUGACUUCUCCGCUUUCUACAGCGGAGAUGUAGCCAAGAAACAGAAGCUGGUUGAGCAAGUGCGGGACUGCUGCCAGUUCAACGGCUUCUUCCAAAUCACGAACCACGCGGUGCCGGUGGCGCUGCAGCAACGCGUGAUGGCCUGGAACAAGAAGUUCUUCGACCUGCCAUUGGAGGAGAAGAAGAAAGUGGGCAAAGGUGCAAACGGGGCAGACCUCAACACCUGGAACCGGGGCUACGAGCUGCUGCGCUCGCAAAUCCUAGAGGAAGGUACGAACCCAGAGCUCAAAGAGGGCUUCUAUGUCGGCAACGAGAUCAGCAAAGAGCACCCUUAUUUCGUGCACAAGAAGCUGAACAGCGGGCCGAACGUGUGGCCGACGGAGGCGCUGGGGGCAGAGGACGUCGCCGACUUCAAAACCACCUGCCUCGAGUACUACUACGCGGUGGUGCAGCUGGCCAAGGACGUGCUAAAGAUGCUGGCGCUGACGCUGGAACUGCCCGAGAGCUUUUUCGACGAGUUUGCCCGCGACGCCGUCGCCACCAUGCGCUUGCUGCACUACCCCUCGCAGCCGGGCGACUCGGACGAGAAGCUCACGCGCGGCAUCGGUGCGCACACUGAUUUUGGCGCCAUCACGCUGUUGCUGCAGGACGAGGUCGACGGGCUGCAGGUCUGGGACAACGACGUCAAGGACUGGUUCGACGUCGUCCCCACGCCCAACGCUCUCGUCGUCAACCUAGGAAAUCUUUUCAUGCGGUGGUCGAAUGACAAAUACAUCAGCAACGUGCACCGCGUCAUCAACCGCUCCGGCCGCGAGCGCUACUCGAUCCCCGUCUUCUUCUCCGGCAACCCAGACUACGUGAUCGACUGCCUGCCCAACUGCAAGCCGCCCGACGAGCCCGCCAAGUACCCCCCUAUCACCGUCGAGGAAGCCGUCGGCGGCAGCUACCGCGAGAGCUACGGCCGCGCCGAGAAGUUCAAG